GGGGGUGGGUUCUGGGCACCACCAAAAUUUCUACAAACCUGCCACCCCUGCUCUCCCCUGACCUCCCCAUCUGUGCUUUCCAGGUGAAUGGGCGCUCAGUGCAGCUCCCGGCAAAAGUCUCCGAUGCUGUGUCUGUGAUCAAGUCUCAGGGCGGCGUGGCCGUGGUCCAGGCCUCGGGGAUGCAAGUUCUGUUCAGCCCCAGUGGGGUGGUGAUGCUGAAGGUGGGCGAGAGCCUGGCUAACAAGCUGUGUGCACCCUGCGGGAACUUCAACGGCAACGUCUCCGAUGACCUGCGGCUGCCCAGCGGGAAAAUCGUGGGGAGCAUCGCCGAGGUCAUCGAUGCCUGGAAGGCCAGGAACUUUUUAGGAUGCCACGCUUCUAACAUCGUGCGAGCUGACCUGGAAGCUCCGUUGGUCCCUGCACAUUAGACGGCGCCAGCGUGGGUUUGGCCCAGGAAUUCCCACUACACAGAGUGCUGGAGGCAGGUGGGACUCACCGGGCCAUGUGUGUGGCUGAAACCCUGGGCUGAUGUUUACAGAGCUGUGUGAGGGAAUUGGGUGCACCACGUUCCCAGUGAUGUAGUGGCUGUUAUAUAGGUGUGCAUCCCUGCCUGCCCUGCCCAUUUGUUUAUGAGUAUGUGCCCUCUCUAGAGACUAGCCCAAAAAGAUAAAUAAAAGCUCCAAGUUUAGGGAGAA